UGCAUUUCUGGGACGAAGGAGUGAAUGGGAGUCGACUGGGCGUCAGCUCAAAAUCACAACAUUAGCAUGAAUUUAGUGAAUAAUAAGUACAACAUUAUAAGAAUUUUCCGAGAUGUGAGAUAAUGAACUUGUUCUCUGAAAUCGUGAAAUUACGGACUUUCAAGGAAAAUAGGCAGGUUUCUCGACUCAUACCCUGAUUUUGAGAAGGGAUUGUGAGAAGAUUAGUUUUGCAACCACGUGAAGCAGCAUAACAAGUGAACGCAAUCGUUUGACAUUCUGCUGUUUGGGGCGUUAUGCCACGUUCAAGACAACUGGGAAAGAACGAGCUGCGACUGGGAAAAUCGAUUUGAACAGCCAUCCAACUCGGAAUUCCAACUCUUCCUAGAGCUCUGACUUUCCGACCAUAAAAUACAGACUUCAUUAUUUGACCUCGUAUUUUUCCGAGUUCCCGGGUGUUUUGAAAGCUGCAUUAUACCACAGAUAGACAUUGAGCCAGAUAUCAAACCGGAUGUAUAAAUGUGAAGCAUCCGGUUGGCGUUUCCACUCACUACCAAAUAUGGUGAUGCGAGGAAGCCCAGUGGCCGGCAUGGUGAGAAGAUGGAGUGAGAUGGAUUUUGGCCAACAUUCUUCAAAUUUUCUAGUCGAUGAAACAUUUGAUCUCCAUACAGUUUUAUGUUUCCAAAACCAUAAUCUAUUAAAAAAAAAACAGAGUGGACUGCGUUUUGCAGACUCUACCCUUUGCCAAAGUAAAAAAAAAAAAAUGCGUUGUUUAGGAGUGCGAAUUGUCUUAUUGCACACGCGCACUUCAUAGUAUGCGUUCCCUAACGAAAAUAUGCAAAUAAAUGCUAGAACGCGCCAAUAAGAUCUCACUAGCACGUGCAUGGCUCUUCCCAUCUCCUUGCUUGUUCUACCCACCAUGAUUCAUUUCCUCCCAUUGGAAACGACAGGCUCUGGUCUAUCUUGGGUUAGUUAUAAAAAUCUUGGUUAUACGUUCAUUCAUUAGCCAAGGGGAUUCCUAUCUCCUCCUUUCUCCAAUGUCUCUGUAGUGGAUUGCUGUGACCAUAGAAAUAAAACGGAUAGACAGGUCUGCUUGCAAAAGGGGGUUCUUCCUUACUCAACUCUGGGUGGGGUGACAGUUCUAUUAAUUUCUAUUCUGUAUCAAAGAAGCACAACAAGGUCUGAGGAUGAUGUGAUGGGACAACACCAACCAGGGCAGGUGAAAACCGUAAUUGUACGGGCUGAUUCAACUCUAGCUAAUUUAUAAACAUAAAAAGGAAGAUUAUUUUUUAGAUCUGUAAGUGGUUUACCGUAGCCUUUUAAUUAAUUUAUUUUUUAAUCAGUAAUGGCGACCGAGUGCACCCAAGAAGCGGUUGUUCAAUUUCUAACCGAGCGAGGAGGGAGAGUGAAAAACCAGAUAUUCAUUGACUAUUUCAAAGCUGGUUUCCCGGAAGACCCUGACCAGAAAGCAAUUGCUCGGGAGAAAUUCAAGGGAUACGUGGACAAUGUCGCAUUUGUAAAGUUGGAGAAUGGAGUGAAAGUUGUAUGUUUAAAAAAGAAGUAUCGAGUUUCAUUGAAGUGUACAGUGGAAAAAGACAGCGCGUGCAAUGGUAACGGGACAGGCACCGUAUUGGAACAAGAUAGCAGCACCACUGUCCUAUCAAAAUCAUAUAAGAACUUGAUAGAAGAUUGUGCACCGCAACGGCAUCUGUCAGUAUCAUCUGCUGGGGAUGUGCGCUCUUGGGAAACCACUGCAAACGAAGUGGCACAACAAGAAAUUUCACCUGGCUCAAGUUACGGAACUGACAAUGCCACAAGAGCGAGACCGCCUGACAUUUCUGGAAUUAUUUUGGAAGGUAAAAUUUUAGAAAGAGCUGCGCCAACGAGGUCUGUAGUUCAGAAUAAUAGUUUAUCAGACAAUAUGGGAAAUGCGUUAGGCCUUGGUGGCAAUAGAGAGCAGAAAUUGACCAAGGAGGACAUUAAUUCCAACCGCAAAACAUUGCAACCGCACGACAUACCGCAAAUUGCAGUGAUUGAGGCGUCACCUUUACCUACAUCCGCGGAUGGCUCUAUGUUCCACUUACCCAGACGUCCAUUUCCAACUAAUGCACAGGACAGCCUGCUGUCCCGUCACCCUUCAUCAGAGGACGGGGCAGAGGAAGGCCAGUAUUAUGAUUUUCAACAGAGCAUAUCUGGGAGUGACAGCUACACACCUAAAAGUAGCCGUAAUAACUUUAUUGAGCUCAUGAUGAACAGCUCCCUCCAGGUGCGACGCAGCAUGGUGUUGAAGAACUCAGACUCCACCUCUGUGGUUUCCUCUACUACAGACGAAGACGGUGCUUCAGUCACUCUGGACCCGUUGGAACACGAAUGGAUGAUGUGUGCAUCUGACGGCCAAUGGGAGAGUCUCCGCCGCCUCCUUUCCUGUGAACCGAACCUUGUCAUGAAGAAGGACUUUGUGACUGGGUUCACCUGCCUGCACUGGGCCGCCAAGCAGGGCAAACAAGAGCUGCUGGCGCUUAUCGUGAACUUCGCCAAACAACACACAGUGCCCAUCAACAUCAACGCCCGGUCAAGUGCCGGCUACACGCCACUACACCUAGCAGCAAUGCACAACCAAGUUGAGGUGGUGAAGUUACUGGUAGGAGCCUAUGACGCAGACGUAGAGGCCAGAGAUUACAAUGGGAAAAAGGCGUGUCAGUAUCUUACGAACAGUGUGGCCGUUGAUAUCCGUGACAUCAUCGGGGCGGGUGGUGGCGGCGACUCGGGCUCAGAGAACACAGACGAUGGGGGGCGUUGGAGGUUGUCUAAAGUUCUCCAGUCUAAUCUGAUGCCCCCCAAACUGCACAGUCACAGUGAGGAGGACACAGGUGAUGGAGCAGACCAGGCCAGACAGAAACCCUUGCUGAGGAAAUCGUCCUUUAGCAAGAUGAGGCCCAAACUUCAGAAGAUCCGCUUCAGAUCUUCACAGAUAGUUCACAGCACAUCGUUCACAGCACAUUGUGAGACAGAGGAGCUUAACGGGUCCAGGAAAAGCUCAUUUAAAUCCAGACCCAUGUCAAAUCUGUUUGGCUGAAGAAUAGCCCCUAAGUGCACUCGACAAAGAGCAAUAAACUACAACAGUGUUGGAUGACUGACACAAUGGGGUAUAGUCUGAUGUUACAAGUGUUUUUGUUGUUGUGGCAUAGGCCAAGUCUGGUGUUACACAUACUUAAGGGUUUACCCCCAGGCGUUAUAUGAAUAUACUGAACUAACAGAAUAUGGUAUUGCAUGAUCUAUUGAGUAACUGGCCAGAUUGCCACCCCCGGUUAGGCUAAAUAUUUCUGUCUUAAUCCUCUUAUCAUUCCGAAGUAGCCAAGUAGGUCUUAUUGUUCGUCUGCUUUAACCCUUAACGUACAUGUAAAGCUGCCUGUAACCCACUGGGAAAAUAUGUCAUUUUAACAUCUAGUUUUGAUUUACAUUUUGUUGAGUUUUUAACUCGUUUGAUUUCAAUGUGAAAUCAACAAAAAAUGACACCAUGUCAUUGGAUUUAGGUUAAAAUUUGGGUGAUUUUAAAAAGAAAAAAUGAUCUUACAUUAAUUACUUUUUUUCAAAUCCAAUCAGUUUUCCACGUUGAUUUGAUGUCUUCAUGUUGACUUGUUUUGGUUGAAAUAACAUGGAAACCAGGUUGACUCGACCUGUUUUUGCCUAGUGGGAAGUGUUUAAACUUCAAGUUAUUUGACCACAUGGUAGAAACAAUGUCAUUGAUUUCACAAUGCUUGGGAACAAUUCUGUCUUAUUACUGUCAGACUUAUUAAUUUAUUCUCCCUUUUAUAUUUACGUUGCUUUAAGCACUUUGAUUUUAAACUGUUAUUGAUCCAGCUAUCCUGCGGUUGAUGCCAUUCAGUCCACCUGAAAGACGAUUGGAGGCCAAUGAAAAGGCCUCUCUCUGGUCCUUUAAGUCUGUAAUCAGGAUCAGUAGAGGAGCUUUCUGUGUCACAAGGUACGCGGUUGUUGAGUGCAUGGUAGGCCCACUGUGUAUAGUGCUAUGAUGAAAUAUCAGGUUUCAUAACUAUUCACGUUUAAACAGGUACAUUUUUGACCUGAUCAUAGCUCCUUAUUUUGAGUUGUCUUAAGGUUGCAGUUGUCUGGUAUCAAGUUGUAGGUUACCCUCUGUUCUUUUUUAUAUCAACAAGCUUAGGCUUGCUGACCCAGGAGAGCCUAGCUCAGCUGAGAGCGAGCAAGAGAGACUGUAGUGUACAUACAGUGCCUUCAGAAAGUAUUCAUACUCCUUGACUUAGUCCACAUUUUGUUGUGUUACAGCCUGAAUUCAAAAUGGAUAAAAUAUGUUUUUCUCACCAAUCUACACACAAUACCCCAUAAUGACAAUGUGAAAACAUGUUUCUAGAAAUGAUUGAAAAGGUAUUGAAAUUAAAUAUCUCAAUGACAAAAGUAUUCACACCCCUGAGUCAAUACAGCUGUGAGUCUUUCUGGGUAAAUCUCUAAGAGCUUUCCACACCUGGAUUGUAUAGCAUUUGCCCAUUUAUUAUUUUUUAAAUUAUUCAAGCUCUGUUCAAAUUGGUUAUUGAUCCUUGCUAGACAACCAUUUUCAGGUCUUGCCAUAGUUUUUCAAGUAGACUUUAGUGCCUUGUUACAAACAGGAUGAAUGUUUU